AUGAUGAAAAGCGCACGAAAGUUAUCAUAUGUUGAAUUUCCAAGUCAAUAUGUUUGGAAUAAAUCAAAUAAAGUAUGGACAAGAAGAAAAACAAAGACAAAGUCACUUGGUAUAAUUAAUCAUGUGUCACCCAAGUCUGGUGAUGUUUAUUACUUCCGCAUUUUGCUCAACAAAGUAAAGGGUCCUACUUGCUAUGGAAAUAUCAGGACAGUUAACGAGACCGUUUAUGAAUCUUACAAAGAUGCUUGCUAUGCUCUUGGUCUAUUAGACGAUGAUAGAGAGUACAUAUCUUCUAUAUACGAAACACAUCAUUGGGCCACUGUUUCAUUCUGCGGGUCUCUAUUUGUUAUGUUGAUUACAUCGGAUAGUCUAUCCCGACCUCAUCAUGUUUUUAAAGAGACCUAUAAUUGUCUUUCUGAUGAUGUCGUUCAUAUUCGUGAACAAGAAAUCGGCGUAAGAGUCUUGAAGCUAAAACCGAAAGCAAUUUUUCACCUAACAUUGUCAUACAUUGAGAAAUCUUUAUUGAGUUGUGGACUUAGUCUGAAGCAAAUACCUAAUAUGCCGUUACCUGAUCACAAAUAUAUUCAAGAUUCUUGCAAUAUGUUAAUUCAAGACGAGCUUAAUUACGAUCCGUCCGGUCUUGAAGUCUAA